AGAGAGACAGAAAUGGCUUAAGGAUCUAGCUUCCUCCCAAGUAGUUGGGACUACAGCCGGCCCACUACGGAUGAUGCACUUCCUAGGGUUUAGAACUCCUGUCUUCUACAUCUACCCCCAGAGACUCGGUCAAUCUAUGCACAUAGUGAGCAAUCAGAAAACGUUUGUGGAAUAUUGUUGAACGUCAAAAAUCACUCUGGGCUCCGUAACCUUGGCUUUUUGUUAAAGAUGAUGAAUCGUCACAGGAUAAUUUUAGCAUCCAGAGCCCAGACUGCAAUUGGGUUAGAAACUGUCCUAAUACGUAGAUUUCACCAUCUCUGCCCCGAGGAAGCAGAAGAACCCAAGAAAACGGACAACUAUGCCUUCGGCCGCCAGCUUCCAAGUCGGCCAGAUGAUUAUUAAAAACACAAUAAUCCUCAGUCAAGGGCGUCGCUUCAAAAUGCAGUGCAGGCUGGGGCGAGUUGCGAAAUCCACGCCAUCCCGCACCUUUGUCGCCCGCUCUUCUUCCGCGCAAGGCACGCCGGGACAGCGCGGAGCCCAACCACCGUCACCAAGGCAACCAGCCUGCACGCUGUUGUCUUGGAGACCGGCUGGCACCUUAGUGAGCCCAGCAGAGGGGCCGCCUCCGCCCGCACCUAGCCAGGAUGCUUCGUCGAGGCUAUAAGGCCUCUGAAAGGCGAAGACACUUGAGUGAGAGGCUCAGCUGGCACCAAGACCAGGCACUGAGUAGCAGCAUAUACCUCCUACGAGAGAUGGGCCCCACUGGCUUCCUGCUGAGGGAGGAGGAGCCAGAAUACAUGGAUUUCCGAGUUUUUCUAGGAGAUCCUCAUGUUUGUAACUGUUCCACAUUUCUGAAAGGAGGGGAACUUUGUAAGCAUAUCUGCUGGGUCUUGUUGAAAAAAUUCAAGCUUCCAAGGAACCAUGAAUCUGCUUUACAAUUGGGUCUUGGAGAAAGAGAGAUAAGUGACUUGCUUCGGGGGAUACAUCGAGUUCAAACUCCCCAACCAGGAACAAAUGACCACAAUGAACAUGUUGAAGAAGAUGGGUACAUUAAACAGAAGGAAAUUGAUUCCGACGAUAUCUGCUCUAUUUGUCAAGAGCUACUUUUAGAGAAAAAGCUUCCUGUCACCUUUUGCCGGUUUGGCUGUGGCAAUAGUAUUCAUAUAAAAUGCAUGAAAAUCUUAGCUAAUUAUCAGAGUACAUCAGACACUUCCAUGUUGAAAUGUCCUCUGUGCAGGAAAGAGUUUGCACCAUUAAAACUUAUUUUGGAGGAGUUCAAAAACUCUAGCAAACUUGUAACUGCAGCAGAGAAAGAGAGACUGGACAAACACCUUGGAAUUCCCUGUAAUAACUGCAAACAAUUUCCAAUUGAGGGGAAGUGUUAUAAGUGUACCGAGUGCAUAGAAUAUCACUUAUGCCAGGAAUGUUUUGAUAGCUGCUGCCAUCUUUCCCACACGUUUACAUUUCGUGAGAAAAGAAACCAAAAAUGGAGAUUACUAGAAAAAAGAACAGAUGAAGCUGUAAAAUACAUAGAUACUAAAAAUGAGAUAGAAGAAAAGAUGUCACAUUUUCAAGAAAAGCAAGACCAAGUUUACACACCAAAACACGUUGUAAGAUCACUGCCUCUCCAACUGAUUACUAAGAAUAGUAAGCUUCUUGCUCCAGGCUACCAGUGUCUACUUUGUUUGCAGGCAUUUCAUCUUGGUCAACAUACAAGAUUGCUACCAUGUACUCACAAGUUUCACAGGAAAUGUAUUGACAAUUGGCUAUUCCACAAGUGCAAUUCAUGCCCUAUUGAUGGACAAGUUAUAUAUAACCCUUUAACUUGGAAAAAUUCAGCAGUGAAUGGACGAGCACAUCAAUCUGUUUCAAACAGAGACAUCAUUCAUCUAUCAAAGCAGAAAGAACCAGAUCUUUUUAUUCCUGGUACUGGAUUAGUCUUAAAACAAAAUAGACUUGGAAUUUUACCUAGCAUACCUCAGUGUAAUUUUGAUAAAUUGAAUACACCUCAAAGCCCAAAAGAUGCCUGUGAGAAUAUACCAAUAGACAAUUUAUGCUCUAUCCAAUUAGACAAUUCAAAUUCAAGAAAAUUAACCUAUGAAUAUAAAAUUAGCCAACAUUUUCCCAGAUAUCUUCAAGAUUUACCCAUGGUAUCAUUUGGGAAAAUACCAUCUCAAACAUUUCUUCCCCCUAUUGUUCAUAAGAAUAUCGUAUGUCCCACUGCAAUGGAAAGUCCAUGCAUCCGUGGAAAAUACCACACUAGUCAAAGCCGGAUGACUAAAGGCUGUACAUGUAAUAACCACAACCUAAAGAAGACUCCUGGCACUAAAAUAAGAGAGGACAAUAAGAGAUCAACUUUACUUUCAGAGGAUUUCAAUCUUAUUGUCAAUUGGAGCACAGCUAAACUUAGUUUGUCUAAAAGGUAUAAUAACUGUAUGGGGGAAAUUACACGAAAAUGUAGUCAUCUGUCAAGACAGCCUGUGUCUCACUCUGUAAAUACAAAAGGUACUAAGCUAUCUUUAACAAUAGAAGGAGUUCAAUUGUGAGAAAGUAUUUUUAUUUACUAUUAGAAAAUAUUUGAAUGUUGAGCAUAAAAAAUGUUUUAUAUAGAACAUAAAAAGCACAUAUAGUCUUGACAAAUGUAUAUAAAAUUAUCUCUUGGAAUUUGACUACUUACCUAUAAACAGCUCACUACACUUAAA